AUGUCGUAUGUGUGUGUGAGAGGAGUGACAAAGAGCGAAGUUUUCUAAAUGACACAUCGCGUUGCUGGAGGAGGUGUGGUUGAAAAUUUAUAAACUUGGCUGUUUAUCAAACGUAAAAUUCAUUUGCAAGUGCUGUGUAACUUGAGCUUAAAGUGUAAUUCAUCGCGCUCCAUAGUUAACUAGAAGUAAAUCCUCAAGACACGAUGACAGGCAGGCUACCGGCAUGCGUAAUUGAUGUGGGCACCGGGUACUCGAAACUGGGUUUUGCUGGCAACAAGGAGCCCCAGUUCAUAAUUCCCUCUGCAAUUGCUAUUAAGGAGUCCGCUCGUGUUGGUGACAACAAUGCGCGACGCAUCACAAAAGGUAUCGAGGACUUGGACUUUUUUAUCGGUGACGAAGCCUUCGAUGCCACCGGCUAUUCCAUUAAAUAUCCAGUGCGACAUGGAUUGGUGGAAGAUUGGGAUUUGAUGGAACGGUUUCUGGAGCAAUGCGUCUUCAAGUAUUUGCGUGCGGAGCCAGAGGAUCAUUAUUUUCUGUUAACAGAGCCGCCGCUUAAUACGCCCGAGAAUCGUGAAUACACUGCCGAAAUCAUGUUUGAGACAUUCAAUGUUCCUGGUCUCUAUAUUGCGGUGCAGGCGGUGCUAGCUUUGGCUGCCAGUUGGGCAUCCAGAUCCGCCGAGGAGCGCACACUGACUGGUAUUGUGGUGGACAGUGGUGAUGGUGUGACGCACGUCAUACCUGUGGCGGAAGGUUAUGUGAUUGGAUCGUGCAUUAAGCAUAUACCGAUUGCUGGCCGCAACAUUACAUCGUUUAUUCAAAGUUUGCUGCGUGAACGCGAGGUGGGCAUACCGCCUGAACAGAGCCUCGAAACUGCCAAAGCGAUCAAAGAGAAGCAUUGCUACAUUUGUCCAGACAUUGCCAAAGAGUUUGCCAAGUAUGAUACGGAGCCAAACAAAUGGAUUCGCAAUUAUACCGGCCUCAAUACCGUCACCAAGCAACCCUUCAGUGUCGAUGUGGGCUAUGAACGUUUUCUCGGUCCAGAAAUUUUCUUCCAUCCCGAAUUUUCCAACCCCGACUUUACCAUACCGCUGUCAGAGAUUGUUGACAAUGUCAUACAAAACUGUCCCAUUGAUGUGCGGCGUCCACUCUACAACAAUAUUGUAUUGAGCGGUGGCUCGACCAUGUUCAAGGACUUUGGCCGGCGUUUGCAACGCGACAUUAAGAGAUCGGUGGACACACGCUUGCGUAUUAGCGAAAACCUGUCGGAGGGUCGCAUUAAGCCAAAGCCCAUCGAUGUGCAGGUGAUUACGCAUCAUAUGCAGCGUUAUGCUGUUUGGUUUGGAGGCAGCAUGUUGGCCUCAACGCCGGAGUUCUAUCAGGUGUGUCACACUAAGGCUGCCUAUGAGGAAUAUGGACCCAGCAUCUGCCGUCAUAAUCCUGUCUUUGGUACCAUGACAUAAUCAUAAUCGUUUCGAUGUAAAAAGUGGCAGAUACAACACAGAUUAAUGCCGCGCCCUAACCUAUUAUUAUUUUGUCGUUUUUCAAGUUUUGUUUUCUAUGUAUUUCUAUAUAUAAAUGCGAUCACGUAUUCCACGCUAUAGUAUUGCUUAGCCGUUAGUAAUGAUUUUCUGUGUUAAGCUCUAAAGUUGUCUAAAACGUAUUUUGUAUAUCAAUAGCAAUACGCAAAAAUUAAUCAUUUUGGCCAAAUAUCUUUAAUUUCAAGUGUGAUUCGGAUUCUGACUUUGGAAUUAAGCUAAAAGACCUAUACACAAACAGCAACAAGAACAACAACCAAAUGUCUGCCAGUUGAACUUUUUAUAAGGUGCAUUACUUCUACAAGAUUAUCAUAAUUAUACACUUUUAUACACAUACAAACACAUACACACACCAAACGGCGCUUCAUUGAAUACCGAUCUAAACCUAAACCCAAUUAUAUAUAAAUAUAUGAAAUUGAACUUGUCGUAGUAAUAUUUACAUAUAUUGCAAUAACCGCAAAAUGAUUGAUUACAUGUAAAAGAAGUGAAAACAUGAAAACUAAUAUUGAUGAAAAAAUCUGUUUGUUAUAAUUGAUAAGCGUAAAAACUGAAGGCAUUCAUAAAAAUCAAUAAAACAUUCUUUAAGCUAAAGGUGAAA